AUGCCAAUGUUAACGAAGAAGAAGAACAGGCUUUCAGGUCACGGCUUCUUCUCUUCCGCCCCGGUCGUGAUCUCGUCGCCGACCAGUCCUGUUAAGCUUUCUCAGCCCGGCAUGGGCCAUUCGCUUCCGACUAAUGGGGGCGGGCAUGGGGGUGGAGAUCGGGAUAGCGCCGCAGAUGACAGCAUACAAGAUACAAAGGCUGCCGAACCGCUCGUGGAGGAUUUAGAUCAGGUUCAUGCCGAUGAAGAACACGCGCCUGUACAACAGUUCCAGCCCCCUCUAGGCAAGACGUCUGAUUACCCUCCUGGGAGACAUCAAUCCCCAGGCCCAUCUGAAGAAGACGCUGCUGCCGCCCCUCCACCUGAUUUUACACGAAGAGGCAUACACAUACCCACGAGAACUAGUAGCAAUACUGCCACACUCAAGAGACGUUUCUUCCGCUCUUCAAGUCUACCUCCAACUGAAGCUCCAACUCGAAGUGCCAGUCCUGGUCUCACUCCAAUGCCUGCAACAAUUGACUCUGCGUCAAUGCGCGAAAGAAGCUUGCGCAGCUCAGGUGACUCCAUUCAAUCCUACGACACGCAAGCUUCAUCUAUCGCAACAAACCAAUUAGGUCCCUUACAAACCAAAGGCCCACUGGAGGAUCAUGACCGGUUAUCCCCCCUCCUUGAAGAUGAUCCCCAGUCCUACGAGCUCGUCGCCCCAACUGAGAACCAUACCAAAAGCUUCAAUUUGGAAACCCGCUCCGAGCAACUAUUUUCCAGAGAGCACUUGCAAGCCAUCUUUCGCGAUACCCCUUCCCUCCUCCGAUUCACUGCCUUCCUCAGCACAGCGCGGCCUAAAUCUGUCCCCAUAUUGAUCUAUUACCUUGACGCGCUCAAAGCAAUGCGAGCGAUACAGUACGCAAAUGCCGUAGCCGAAGCCCUGGAGCCCAUUGACGGGCAAGAAUUCACCGACCACCCGCCGCGAUCCACGCUCAAUGCGGUCCUCGAGGACAAAGCGCAGCAAGCUUUCGAUAUCCUUGUGCGGGAGGAGCUCCCCGCGUUCAUCACCCACGUCUUCAUCCAGCUCGUCAGUGUCAGCGUGCAGAAGCGCGUAACGGGUAAUCUACCUCCCAUAUUGCGCGAAGCGAGCGAGGGUCUGGCUGAGGUGUUCUGCGUGACUGAUCCCUCGAGAUCGGACAACCCUAUUAUUUUCGCGUCGGAAGAGUUCCACCGUACAACCCAGUAUGGUGUUAACUUCGCCAUUGGCAGGAACUGCCGCUUUCUUCAAGGCCCGAUGACGAAUCGCGCCAGCGUGACGCGCCUUCACAACGCCGUCUCCGAGGGCAAGGAAGUCAGCGAGGUGUUUCUGAACUAG